AUGGUUCACAAAGUACUCUUCUGGGGCGGCUUCGGCAUUGCCGUCCGCCUUUGGCAACUCGGUAUCGAGAUGCGUCCGAUCCUUGCCAAGGAAUCCCUCUGGGUCUAUCCUCUCUUCGCCGGUGUUGGUGGAAGCUUUGGUUACUGGCUUCAGGGUGUUGAGAGCAGACAAUUGAAGAUGCUUGCACAGCGCCGUGAGGCCAUUCUCGAGAAGCGUCGGCGGCGGGAUGCGAAGCCCGAGGGUGGUGUCCUGGCUGCUGCAUCAUAA